CCGCACUCCUCCGCAGCUAGCCUUCCUUCCUGUCUUCACGAUCGAGUCGAAAAUGUCAGUUUCAUGACCACGGUUACUCGCUCGCCUGGUUAACGCCGUGUUUAGUGCGAACUUGGCGGCGGUUUUGCCGCGAAGGUGCGUCGCGAGCGCGAACUGUUUCAAAAUUUGAUCGGAUACGCGAAAAAUAUGUGAAAAUUGUGAUACUCUGGACUGAACCAUCGGAUUAUACCAUCGGAGAUAACUGCCGGAUACUGAUUUAAGACCACCGUUUCAGUGGCAGCAUGACGUGAACUUGAAUCAUUCUUAAUAAAUCCAGCAAUAGAAUGUGUACAGCAACUACCUCCCACUUCUCUGUAAAUCUUGUGCCAGCCUCGAAUUCUGCCGAGGAGGAUGGACCGUUGGUGGUAUUUUCCUUCUUAGCACCAAAAAAACGGACGAACUUUGGUCAAGAUUUGGAGAGAGAGCAUGCCUUGUACAAAGCCACCUUGGAAAAUCAUCUUCCAAGAUCGCUGAUUUUGGGCUCAAGAGAGGAAGGAGUUGCCUAUCCUGUGGUUCAUUUGUGCGAUGACAGGGCUAUUCUCUCGUCCUCACUGACGGCUGAGACCAGUCUGGAGGAUCAGUUCAUUUUACGUCAAGGGGUGUAUCGGGAAAUUCGUAGUAUCAUCGUUGAGAACGACUUUGAGUCGCUAUCUGCUCCUCUCACCCCACGAAACACAGCUCAUCUCCUCCUUGGCUUCAAGAGCGUCGAAAAUAGACUAAGUCAGGUUAUGGUAGAUACAUGGAAGGACUGGACGGGUGCAUUAUACAUUUAUAUGAAUUUACCGGAGGAAUUUGGUCUGUCUCGAAUCCGGUUUUUCCUGCGAGAGGCGCCAAACAGUCUCUCUCUAUUCACGUACAUUGUGCUCGUUGAGUGUUGUAACGUCAUCGAUUCUGAGCGAGAGAUGUUGUUACUGGACUUUGUGAGACGAAUGAGAGUAGAGAAAAUGGCUGGAUUCAUUUCACUGUAUAAGAUUUCUCAGAGUUGAAGGACGUCAAUGCUCAUCCGCCUACCUUACUAAUUCAUUUAUGGAGGGAAAAUGAAAUUUCAAAAUUCAAACGGCAUUUAACCUCUCACACAUAAGACUUUUCAUAGUCUUGAAAUUUAAAAUGUUUAUAAUGAAUAUUUUGUCAGUUCGAAUUACAAGUUCCCCCACCCCACCAUUUAAAAUCAAUAAUUAUGAAUGUAAGUAUGUACAAAGUUCAUCACAUUGACUGUAAAUACUUUUACUUUGAUAUAAAAGAAGUUUUGAAAAUCAAAGAA